UUAAUUGUCUCGGGCAUUGUUACAUAAACAAAAGAUAAAAUAAUAAAAAUGGCAUUUGUUGUAAAAUCAAUGUACAAUGGUUAUACAUAUUUUAUAAAUGAACAUCGUGAUCCUAGAAUUGAUAGCUUACCUUUGGUAAGUUCACCAAUACCAGCAACAAUAACAAUUGUUAUUUAUUUAUUAUUUGUUAAUAAAUGGGGACCAAAAUUUAUGGAAAAUCGAAAACCAUAUAAAUUAAAAUCUAUUCUAAGGAUUUACAAUGUACUGCAAGUAGUAUUCAAUUUAAUUCUAUUUGUGACGGCAUUAUUAAAUUCAUAUUUUCAACCUGGAUUUCAUUUUACAUGCCAAAAUGUUGAUCAUUCGAUAACUGAACCGUAUAUGAGGCGAUUGUUAUUAGCAAGUUAUGGUUAUUAUUUAACAAAGUAUUUGGAUUUAUUAGAUACGGUAUUUUUUGUUUUACGAAAAAAAAAUAAUCAGAUAACAUUUUUACAUACAUACCAUCAUGCCGGUAUGGUAAUAGGAUGUUGGAUUUUUGUGAAAUUCUUGGCAGGAAGUCAUAGUACUAUGCUUGGUCUCGUAAAUUCUUUUGUUCAUUGUAUAAUGUACACGUAUUAUUUUUUGACAUCAUUAAAUAAAAAAUUUAGCACGCUCUGGUGGAAAAAAUAUUUAACAAAAUUACAAUUAUUACAAUUUGGAUUUUUGACAAUACAUUUUUCAUUAGCAAUUUUUAAUAAUUGGUGUAAUCAUCCAUUACCAAUCGCUUUUAUUGGUUUUACGCAAAAUAUUUUUAUAUUAUAA